GAUGUUGAGGAAUUCAUAAAGAAGUAUGGUGAUAUCAAUGUUUCUUAUAUUGAGCCACCACCUUCAUCAAGAUGGUUUACCAAACCAUAUGCCUUGAAUUAUUUCCAUGAUGGUAAAUUAUUCAGAACAAAACAUGAAAGAACUUCUGGAAGGUUGGAAUUGUUCUUAGAUUUAAUCUAUGUUGGUAUUGCAAUGAAUUUAUCUUCAAAUGCUAUCAAAGAACCAAAUUGGUUGUCGUUUGUCAAGUAUCUGUUUUAUUUCAUUCCUGCUUGGACAAUCUGGGCUGAUUUGAAAGACUUUAUGAACUAUUACUUCAAUGACGAUUUAUUACAAAAGUUCUAUGUUGUCUUUAUCUUGGCUCUUUUACUAAUUUAUGAUAACAAUGUUGAAUUUAUAUUUGAAUCAAGAAAUGCGUUACUCACAACUAUAACUGCUUACUUCUUAGCCAGGAUAACACUGGCAAUCAUGUUGAUUUUUUACUCCAUAUAUGUCUUUGAACAUAGAACACAAAUGAGGUUAUAUUCAGCUACAUUGAUUGUAACAAGUUCAUGUUGGUAUUUUCUGCUGCUAAUUCGCUCAACAGCAGGGAUAAUUGUGUUUUCUGCAAUUUGGUUAAUCUUGGAACAAUGUUGUUUUGUUAUCUCUUAUCACCCUUGGACAAAGAAGAAACUUGGAUUAACACACUCUACUGCAUUAAAUAUUGAACAUGAAGAUGAAAGAUUAAGUGCGUUUUUCAUUAUCUCAAUUGGUGAGUUUUUACUGGGAAUUGUUUCUGGUAAUGCUUUGAGCGAAGGUUGGAAUACAAAGGUUGCAAAAGGUAUUGCAUUACUGAUAGAUGCCUUCAUCUUUUUGGAAUUGUAUUCUCAUAAAGAUGGUUCUAUAAGAGCUACCCACGCUAUGAGAAGAAGUGUGUCAACAGCAUUAGGCUACAUCUACAUUCACUUGCCUUUGAUUGCUUCACUUUUGAUUGUUGGUGAUGCAGGUGCUGAUUUGGCAAAACUUGGUGAACCUUAUGAAGAAGAAAGAGGUGUUGUUUUUUUCUUUAGUGCUGGUAUAUUCAUUGCCUUAUGUGCCUUGACAAUCCAUCCAUUGUUAGAUAAACCAAAAGAUGAUCCAAAAGAUCAUUUAGUCAAUAGAUAUCUGAGAAUAGGCUUUAGAAUACCAGUUGGUGGUAUAAUCUUGGGUCUUGCUUGGACUGAAUGGAAAAUUGUGACGUUAAUUUGGAUAGACACUUUGUUCUUGAUGCUCCUGUUUGUCUAUGAACUUUUCGCCAUCAACCCAAGAUCG